AUGACCGGAAAUGAAGAAGAAUCUUGUGUUGGAAGUUCUAAUGACCUUAAAUUUCAUUCACCACGAAAAAAAUACAGUCGCGAGAAAUCUGUUACUGAACUUGAUGAUUUUGACAAUGAAGUGGUCAGAAGAGUUGUUCAUAGCUUUUACGACAGAGGUGAAUUUCCAACGACCGCUAAAAUAUUAGUAGAAUUGCGUGAAAAAUUAAAUUACCGUGGAUCGAAAUCGUCGGUGAAAAUAAUUUUAAAACAACUUAAUUUUAAGUAUAAGAAAUGUAACGACGGUCGCAAAUUCUUAAUGGAACGUUCGGAUAUUGUAGCUGCACGCGUUAAAUUUCUUAGAAAAAUGAAUGAGUUUCGUAGGAACCGUGAUACUCGGCUAGUAGUCUACUUAGAUGAAACCUGGGUUAAUCAAAACCAUACCCGUCGACGUAUUUGGCAAAAUGAAGAAAAUACGGAAGGUUUAAAUGUACCUACGGGCAAAGGCAGUCGCCUCAUCAUAUGCCACGCCGGAUCUCCUUCCUUCGGAUUCAUUAAAGAAUCAAAACUUAUUUUCCAAUGCAAUUCUGGUAACAAAGAUUAUCAUUCUCAAAUGAACGCCACAAUUUUUGAAAAUUGGUUUUCACAAAUGCUACUUAACUUAGAACAGCCGAGUAUUAUUGUUAUGGACAACGCGUCGUAUCACCCUUCGUUGAUCGAGAACUAUCCGAAGUCCAACAGUAGAAAGGCAGAUGUUCAACAGUGGUUACGGGAUAAAAAUAUAGAUUUUUCUCCCGUAGAAACACUUGACGAGUUACGAGAAAAAGUGAAGCUUUCAAUGCCACGCGGAAAAAAAUAUAAACUCGAUGAACUAACAUUCCAAAUGGGUCAUGAAGUG